GCGAUCCAUUUCCACUGAACAGAAAAUAAGUCAGACACCAUGUCUUUUUUUACCAUUGUUCUGCCUUUGCAAAUGCUGUUUUCUGCCACUAUUGGAAGUCACUUCUGGGGUGGAUCAAUGACUUUUUCUCCUAAAGGAGUGUACCAAAAUGGUUCUUACAAGGUGGAGUUUCGCUUCAAACAAACUUUUGAUAGAUGUAGUUAUUUUACCUGGAAUAACUGCAUCAGUGGAAACUGUGGAAUUGAAGGCAGCCUCAAAAGUGGUGAGAUAUACAACACAGCAGGGAGGCAUGCAGGCAAUUUCAACUGGUGCCAGACAGAAGGGAUUAGGACAAGAUUGAUACCCACAGAUAACCCAUUCAGUUUGAGUGAAAGGAGCGGCAAUUGGGUGAGUCUACAAAAUGGUGUUGUAAGUUGGAGGCUACUCACAGUUGUUGAUCUUGGAAAGCGAUCCGACACAAAUAAAGCAAACAGAUCCCCAGUCACUACCAGCAUAUCAUUUGUCAGUGUCCCUCAGAACUGCCCACGGAUGUAUACGCUGGUAACGUUUGAUCCAGACAAUGACCAAGGCAGAUGCAGAUAUGGCACUCUCCUGGAUCAAGAAUGCUCUGUCUGCCAGCUUCCUCUUGGGUUUACCCUGACGCAAAACAGAAUCAAAGAGAAAGAUUUCUGCUCACUACAUUAUAACAAGGCCACAACUGGUGUCUAUGGGUUAGAGCUGGUUGUGGAGGAUUUCCCCCAGCAAAACAUCAUUCUCUCCUACAACAAUGGCUCCCGCGCUUUCAGGGGUCCAUUUAAUCAAGCUGCCAGUCCUCUUAGCAAGCUUCCUCUGCACUUUGCUGUCAAAGUCGAUCCUCCUAUUGCUUCUUGUGAUGAGGGAGUGUUCUUGCCAAAGUUUGUUCCACCUACCCCUGAGAAUGGAGACACAAUUCAAGCUGUGAUCAACCAGGAGCUUAAAAUCAUAAUAAAUGCAACAGCCUCUGAAGCAGGAAUUCGUGGUCUUGUGAUCAGUGGACCCUUGAAUAUCACAAGUAGUUCUGAAAGAUCUGAUGGCCUUGAACAACUGGUCCUGAAAUGGACUCCAAGGAGUGAUGAUCUUGGGGAAUAUUUCCCCAUCUGUUUUAUUGCUGAAACUAAUCCAAUAAACUCCACCUAUUAUCAAUCUGACAUGAGAUGCAUCAUUGUUGAAGUUGGAAAUCCUCCCGAGACUGUGGUAGGCCUGAGGAUGAUGGUUGAGUCUACAGAUGCACUAACUGAGGCAGAAAUUGAAGAAAAAGUGAUUAAGCCACUUCAAGAGGAGCUUAUCCGAAAUGGUCUACCCAACACCACCACUCUGAGUCUGAGACGAGUGUACAGCCCGUGAAGAAGUGCUAUGGAAGCAUUUAAAUAAACAGGUGCACUCCUUUGGGUUUUAUAACUUUAUAAGCACUGUUUCAUUUUAGGAAUUUAUGUAGCCAGCAAUCAGGAGCUGGUGCCCAGCUACUGAAAACUAUCUGCUGAUUUCUUCUGUUGUACAAAAUGAAUCAAGUGUGAGCCCGUAUAGAAGAGAAAUGCGGUUUGUAUACAGCGAUCCUAUGUCUUUUUUGUUUAAAUCGGGCAAAAUGACAUUAUAUGUUUCAUAUAAGACCAAUACAUAUCUGUUAAACAAUAAAAAGGCAGCCUAUGGCCACUUUCAUACUAAAAGGCACACAACAUCUUAUAGUGGAUUUGUGGGUCAUAUAAGGAUAAUAUAAACAUUCUUUCUUGUAAAAGGUAUGUGGUAAUUUAAGAUAUUAAUGAGAUAAUGUAGAAAAUUAAUAUGAAAUGUACCAGUUUGGGGUAA